AUGUACACCAUGGAUAUCUUAAAUAUGUUAAGCAUCAUGACAAUAGCCGACUUUUCCGUCGUCAAUGAUAUUCUUAAAUUCAAAAAUAUACAUAAUAGCAUUCUAUUUCAUUGCUAUGAUGUAAACUAUAUUUUGAAUGUGCAAAAAAUUUUCAUGGCAAAGAAUAUUCGUAUUACGAAUUCAUAUGUGAUCAAUAAUAUCACAUCAAUGACCACAUUGAAUUGGGUAGAUGGCCGUUCUAAAAUUGGUAUCAUUUUGGAUACUGGUUGCGUUAAUUGGGAAAAUAGUUUUGAUGUAAUUGAGAAGCCUUUUAAGCCUCCAUUUACCUGGAUUUUAAAAGCAAAUAAUAUUUCAGCAAUUACCAAAACAUUAAACAAAUAUCCAAUCGAAUUUGACUCCGAUUUUUAUCUCUUAUCGAACGUUGAUACUUGUUAUAAAAUAUAUGAAAUUUACAACACAGGGUUUUACCAGCAAGGUAGUCUCAUAAUCAAUAAUGUUGGACAAUGGGAUUCGAAAUUAUAUUUAUCAGCUAAGAGGAAUAAGUCAUUGACUGGUAUCAAUUUAAGAUUAACUGCUGUUUACCCGGAACCUAUAGUUAAUGAAACGUUUGAACAUUUUCUUAAUCAACGGAAGAAAUUUCAAAUAGAUUCAGUACAUAAAUUGAAGUUCUAUACGCUAAUGAUGUAUCUUCGGGAUAUGUAUAAUUUCACAUAUAAACUCCAACGCACAACAUCAUGGGGCUACUUACGUAAUGGUAGUUUUGAUGGGUUGGUCGGUGUUCUUCAAAGGAAAGAAUCUGAUUUCGGAGGAUCGUCAGUAUUUUUCAGGAAAGACAGAGCUGAAGCUGUUGAUUACGCCGUUGAGACAUGGGGUGCUAGAAUAUGUUUCAUUUUUCGUCACCCGAAGUACCCUGGUGGACUCUACGCAAUCUACACAAGGCCACUAGCUAGUACAGUUUGGUAUUGUACGAUCGCCCUAUUGCUUGUGAUCGCAGGAUUUCUUUUAGCGCUUUUAAAACUCAAUAUGCUUCAAAUCUCAGGAGAUGAGCAGGAUUCAUCUCCGUCGCUUGCUAUUUUAUUCAUGUUCAGCGCUUUGAGUCAGCAAGGUAUGACAAUACACAGGCGGUCUGCAACUAUUAAAAUAAUCAUUUUCAUUACUUUCGUUUUUACUCUAACGUUGUAUCAAUACUACAAUGCUAUGAUAGUGUCCACUUUGCUGAGAGAGUCGCCCAAAACUAUUCGAACUCUAACCGACUUGUUUGAAAGUAAUCUAAAGGUUGGAGUUGAAGAUGUUAUCUAUAAUAAAGAUUAUUUUAAGCGCACAACAGACCCAGUAGCAAGAGCUCUAUACCGGAAAAAAGUCGUCACUCGCUAUGAAAAUAACUUCUACCAACCCCUAAAAGGAAUGAGACUAGUUAAGGCCGGCGGGUUCGCUUUCCACGUGGACACUAUUAUUGCGUACCCUACUAUGCGUUGGACGUUCACAGAGUCAGAAAUAUGCGAAGCUCAAGAGGUUUAUAUGAUACCACCUCAGAAAAUGAGCGCUAUACUGCAGAAACACUCUCCGUAUAAAGAACACGUGGCUUAUGGAAUACGAAAAAUGUUUGAAACUGGCGUUAUGAGCAGACUUAAAUCUCUCUGGGACGAGCCAAAACCGUCGUGUAUUCGGACUCCAGAUACCACAGCCUUUUCCGUUAAUAUCCACGAAUUCUCUAUGGCGCUUAUUGUUUUAUCUGUGGGCAUGAUGUUGUCUAUUGUCAUAUUAUUUUGUGAAAUACUAGCGUUCAGAACUACGCAACCGCGUGUGUUUGAAUUAAGGCUUUAGUUUUAAGAUGCACUAUAAAAAAAUAUUGUAGUAAUUUAGUAGAAAAAAAAUUGUUAUUACGUA